AUGAUAUCACCGAUAUUUCAUAUUCCAUCGCUGCCGGUGACGACAGAAAACUUUGUGUUUGACAACGUGAACAAGUGUGUCAAGGUCCAGGACCAGUACAGCCUCAAGCCUCAGUACAACCUCACCCUCCAGGCCAGCGACGGGGCCGCCUCGUCCACGGCAACAGCAGAGAUUAUAAUUGAUGAAGCGCCGCUGUCUACUCUGGUCUUCACUCAGGACCAGUACUGGGCCAACGUCAUUGAGAACUCCACUAAGGAGAUGAAUGUUGCUGCCCUGGGAGUGAAGGGUCAGCCGCUCAACCAUCACGUCCGCUACUCAAUUCUCAACUCAAACAUUAAAUUUGAAAUCCACCCGACUGCUGGCGUCAUCAAGACCACCGGCAAGUCCUUUGACCGGGAGGCAGAGGACCACUACACGCUGGUGGUGGAGGCGCAGGACAUUGAGGGCACAGCAAACGUGGCCCAUGUGCUGGUCCACGUGGCGGUGAUGGACGUGAAUGACAACGAGCCGGUGUUCCUCAACCAGCCCUUCCACGCCCUGGUGUCCACCGUGUCUCCGCGCAGCCACGUGGUCACUAAGGUGCAGGCAAUAGACGCUGACUCUGGGGAGUUCGGAAGUGUCCGCUACGAGCUGGUGCGAGGCAGCGGUGAACUCUUCGCCGUGAAUAAGAAGACGGGUGAAAUUUCCUGA